UAGAAACUGGAAGUGAUUCCUUCAGCCAGCAGAGGGCAGCCGUGCUGCGAAGGUUGCAUAAACCACUUCGAACGUCGCCGAUAGUGUUGCAGUGGUGUCGAAGCCGUGCUGCUGUAAAUUAGCCGAAGGUCGGUAGAGACGACAUUGCAGUUCAGCAUGCCUAACAUCAAGCUUCAGAGCUCCGACGGGGAAGUCUUCGACGUUGACGUCGAAAUAGCCAAGGCAUCUGUCACCAUCAAGACCAUGCUUGAAGACCUGGGCAUGGACGAUGAUGAAGACGAGGUGGUCCCUUUGCCAAAUGUCAACUCGGCCAUCCUCAAGAAGGUAAUCCACUGGGCCACAUACCACAAGGAUGACCCAGCCCCACCAGAGGACGACGAGAACAAGGAAAAGCGCACAGAUGACAUCUCCUCCUGGGAUGCAGACUUCCUGAAGGUGGACCAAGGCACCCUCUUCGAGCUCAUUCUGGCUGCCAACUACUUGGACAUCAAGGGCCUGCUUGAUGUCACCUGCAAGACGGUUGCCAAUAUGAUCAAGGGCAAGACACCCGAGGAAAUCCGUAAGCAGUUCAACAUCAAAAAUGACUUCACCCCCAGCGAGGAAGAGCAGGUGCGCAAGGAAAAUGAGUGGUGUGAAGAAAAAUGAGCGUUUCUGUGAUAGUGGUUCCUGUGAACUGGCGUUUGCACAUGAGGGCCUUUUUUUUCCCCCCUUCACACUACCACCCCCUACCAGCCAACACAUUCAGUUCAGCAGCUUGGGCCACUUUUUUUCCCCUUUUUUCAAAGAAAUUGUGCGCUCGCUGCAAAAGACUUGCAGAAUGUUUUUCAGGUUUUUUAGUUUUUCUCGGAGUUAUGUGUUGGCUUUUAUUAAAGUGAAGUUUCAACCCUCAUUCGUUGCUUCCCUGGGCGAGUUGUAGUUCCUGAUGCAUGUCCACUGCUCUAGUAACUACUCUCCCUGUCGAGAGACAAGAUGCUCUCUCCCUCGCCUCUGAAUUCUAGCGUAGCAGUGUGUGCAGCCUGCUUUGUAUAAUGUAAAGGAUUUGUAGGCCCUUUCAGCUUGUACGCUCGGGUUUGAGUUCUGUGGACGUCCAAAUAAAACAAAUAUAUCAUUCUGGA